AUGUGUGAUGGAGCUAAUGACAUAGAAAUUCAUGUAAUUGUAGCAUAUCCUAGUUUACGACGGUUAUUUCUGGCUAUUGCGUACAUACGUACAGGGCUCAACAACAUCACUACGGCGGCCGCUGCCGAUGUGCUUCCCGAGGCCACGGCGGCGUUCGAGUCUGCGCAGCUACACCCACAUAACCCAGACUCUAAGUGCUUUCAAGCUAUCUUAGACUUUGUCGCUCAAUACCUUCACCAGCGAUCAGUACAUCCUAGGCUAUGGUCAUUACAAAAUGCGCUCCGGCUUAGUCGAUUACAUUCCUGCGUAGACGCAAUUGCCGACGACUUCUUGAUCGUCGCCCUGUCACACGGUCCGCUCAAGCGGUUGAACUUACCCCCAACGCUUCAGGAGCGUUGCCGUAUAGAGCGAGCACUAUAUCAAUUCGAGAUUCACUGCAACCUAUUCCGCGAAAUUCCAGGAAAGAGGUCCUCAAACAUAAAAUCAACUCAGCUUGGCUGCAUUCACGAUUUUCUGGUAAGAACCGUUUCACCAUCGUUUAACGAUGUCGCGGAACACGACGUUGACUGGGGUUCCGCGAAUGUAGAGUAUGACAAUCAAAUCGACAACUCCUUCAUCCAAUUUGUUUUAUCGCUAGGGCUGGAGAAAAUACACGAGAUUUCCCGCGCAGAAACCUAUGAGGAACGAUAUCGGGCCCUAGACGCUAACAAUUGUCCGAACUUCAACAGUGACUUCCUUUAUGCGGGAUUGGAAGAAGAAGCAAAUGAGCAACAUCCUGAUGGUGUUGAGUUAGGAGAAAUAACGCCAGAGAACGAAAAGUUUUAUAUAAAGCAGCCGUUCUACAACGACCUGAAUUCUGGCCCGAAGAAUGCCUGGAGGUGGGCACACAUAGAGGAGCUUCAAUCACAUUGGGUUUAUCAAGAGGAUCGUGCAGAGCUUCGCGAGUGGGGAUAUGUGAUGUGGGACCAAGUUCGCCUGGACAUGACCGGUGUCUUGCAAGGGCCCUGGGAAAAUACCCUUGAAAAAGAUCCGGUGCUGGAGGAGCAAGAAGCCGGGAGGGAACGAGGGUAUAUGCAGAAUUCAUGGGAACAGAGGGAAUGGGUUUCAAAGAUGGGUGGGAGUGGCUGGUGGAGUUGGGGAGAUCGGAGCAAGUUGAAAUGGAAUAAGUCUAAGAAGACUCCUUGGGACUGA